AUGCUCGCAAGGAAGACUCUCCCCACCGGCAUCCUCCGCCUGGCCAUGCGCCCUCAGCAACACCAGCACCAACACCAAGCUCGUUCCCUGGCUAUCUCAGCACUCUGCCUUCAGGAACAGCCUCAGCAGGAGACUUCUGCUGUCUUGAACGAUUUCUUGACCGCCUCUAGCGACGACGCUCCCGUCGAAGACGCUGGCAAGAAGACCCCUUAUCGCAGCGCCCGCUACAUCCUCGAACAGACCCAGCAGGCCGGACGUAGACCACCCCGUCGCGACAACAACAGCAAUGAUAACACUGGGUCAUCAUCAUCAGGAGAGCGUCGCUUCAACAAUACCAACAACAGAGGCCCCAGACCCGCACGCAACAACAGAUACCAAGACAACAACUUCUCGCCCGCCUCAAAGUUCCAGUCCCCGCCCACCAUCCCUUACGACAUUUCAAAGGAGCUUCAAUUCGCUGAAAAGAGCGACUGGGAGGUCUCUUCCGUCCUCGACGCUCGUCCUCUCUACGCCAACAUUGCAGCCGGUCGUGGAACAACUCCUACCCUCGGCGUCUCUACUCUUCAGGACCGGACCAACGUCGUUGCCGCUGCCAUCCCCGGCACCGCCUUCUCCGCUCACAUCACCGGCGUCCGUAGCCAUGGUGACUUUGAUGCUGAAGUCGAACAAUCCCUCAUCCAGACACUCGCCCCUCUCGCCGGCGACUCGUCUAAGGACCACCGCAAGAAGUCGGAUGUUGCAGCUGUGGAGCACCAAGCCUUCUUGCACCGUAUGACUCACAACUUCCAGGAGGUCAUGAACCCCAGGAACCCCAUCAACAGGUUCAACAAUGGCGGCAUUAAGCACGUCGCAGGAAUCAAGUACGAUAUCGGAUCCGACGAGGCGUCGACUGUCGAGGGUGCCGAAGAAAAGUCUUGGAAGCGUUUGGAGCGUCUUGGAGGAGACUACAGCCGGGCAAGCUCGCCCCUCUCAUUACUCUCUAAGAGCAAAGGCAAAACCGGCAAGGUCGGACAGGAGGUUCUCAAGAAUGUCAGUGCCUUGAUUGGUCAGAACCAGAGCAUAGGACUCGAGGAUAAGAAGAAGUUUCUCAAGGCUGUUGAGAGUGGGCUCGGUGGCAUCUAA